AUGCUUGCGACAUUUUUGCGUAUUGUGGGUCAAAAUAACAUAUUUUCUGUAAUACGUGAUACAUUUGGUCGAUCCCACUUCACUGCUAGUAGAAGUUUUAACAAAGUUUUAAAGGCUUUGAACACAUUAGCACCGGAGAUGUUAGUCAAACCUGGAUCUGCAGUGCCAGCCAAAAUAAGGAAAGUACAAGGUUUUACCCUUACUUUAAGGACUGCAUCGGAGCGAUCGAUGGCACACAUAUUCCAGCAAUGGUUGACAGGACCCGCCCCGAAUUUCCCGGAACCCGAGACAAACCCUGCGGAGACCCCGGCGUCACACCCACGCCGGGUUCACUCCUUAAAACUAUGUCCUCUUUUACCAGAGAGGAUUUAUGGCACUAGACUUUCUGCCAAAAUUUCGGCAGAGUCUCCCCUGCAAAUUGAACAUUCCCCAAAAUUUCCACCUGCAUAA